AAAAAAAAAACUGCUGUGGCCACACAUACCCAUAAGCCAGAAAUUGCUGAGGCUUGGUAGCCAGAAGCCUAGAGGCAGAUUCAACAAGAGACUCCAUUCAAGGCAGUAAGAGUGGCAGGACAGCUGAUGUCCCAUCUUCUUGUGUGUGUGUUUGGAUGUGCAUAUGAUACAUUACAUGCAAAUACACAAAGCUCCAGAAGCAAUCAGAUGUGGUGGGUUGUGCCUUUAGUUCCAGCACUUGAGAGACAGGUGGAUCACUGACUUGGAGAGGCCAGCCUGGUCUACACAGAGAAAGAUGCUAAGUACUCCACGUUAGCUGGUCUGUGAGCUUUCCGCUCCAUCUCUGCAGGGGGUACUAGGAUUGCAGAUGAGCACCACCUCAUCUGCCCUUCUACGCAGAGCCACAGACUGAACACUCGGUUGCUGUGACACUUGCACAGCAAGCAGCUUUAUCGUCUAUGCCACCUACAUGGCCCAUGGUGGGCAGGUUCUUAACAUUUAUUGAGCUGCCUUUGUGUCGGGCCAUGCAUUCCAGGUGCUGAGGUUUGACUAAGAAUGAAGUGGCAAAUCCAGGCCCUCUGAAGGCCUCGCAGUUGGGAGCACCUGGCUUCCAACCCAUCUCCAUCACUGAGAGGCAUUAAUCCAGAGCCUGCUCUCCCUGGAUUGCUCUGUGUAAUUAUGGUGAGUUUGUGGAGACUCUCCAAAGGCUGUGAUGGUACCAGGUGCAGCCUUCGAGGACACGGUGGCCACAGGUCCUGUAGACUGUCACUGGGAGUGUUCAAUAAAGCAGGUCUCAUCUGCCACCAGGACCAACAGAUCAACUGGUCUUUCCCUGGGAUAAGAAGACACUUUACAGCCAGGCAGGGUGGUGCACAGAAGGUGUAAUCCCAGCACUCAGGGAGGCAGAGGCAGUCAUGUCUCUGUAAGUUCAAGGCCAGCCUGGUCUAUAAAGUGAGUCCAGGAAAGUGAAGGCUACACAGAGAAACAACAACAACAACAAAAAAAAAAAACAAACUAAUGUCUUAAAGGUGAUAUUGCUUAAGUAUGAAGUUGAUAUGUGUAACUCUAAUAUUAACUACUGCUUACUAUCUCUAUGGUCUUAGGGAAUUUACUCACCUCGGUUCACCUGUACAACCGAUAUAGUACCUUAGGGUCAGCAAGAUGGCCCUGCAGGUAAAGACGCUUGCCACCAAGCCUGACUACCUGAAUUCACUCCUUGGGACCCACAAUGUGGAGACAACUUACUCGCACAGUUGUUCGUCGAUCACGUGCUGUGGUACACGUACCCAUAGAGAAACAUAAACAAACGUUUAAAAAAUAAAUCGUAAGAGUACCUACUUUAGAAGGACAUGCUGUGCUCUUGGCAGACAGAGGUAAGAGGACUGUCACAGGUUUGAGGCCAGCCUAAUUUAUAAAUUACCAGUUAAGCCCUGAAGCAAGAGCCUGUCUCUGAAAGAAAAAAAAAAGAUAAGGUAUGUGCCUCAGCCUGCUUAUGAGUUUUAAAUAAACUGAUAGAUGCUAAUCCAAAAAGGUUAAUUAGGUUUUCUAAUUCUUUUGUUGUUUGGGUGUGUUUUGUUGGGGAAUAAAAAUAUUUGUAGAAGUGCGUGUGUGUGAGAUAGAGAAGGGAGUGUGUGUUGGGGGGGGGUCCCUCAUGUAGCCUGGCUGUCCUGGAAAGUGCCUGAAUCUAAGGCUGGCCUCCAACAAUGUAGCAGAUCCACCUGCCUACACUUCCCCAGUGCUGGAAUCACAGGCCUGCACCACCAAACCCCUAUUCAUGGUGCUUCUCGUUCUCCUUUUCGCAUCGCUUACAAAGAGGCCAGGAGAUUCCUCCAUCUCCCGCAUCGAGUUCUGAAAGACUCUCCUUAGCUCUGAAAUGGGACAGGACAGAGCACGCAGGCGCAGAAAGGAAACACGGUCUGGGAGCCGGGCGCCAUCUUGGUAGAGGGCAGCGCCGGCAGCUUCUUGACGUCAUCAUUGUGCACGAGUGGCGAGUCUCUGGCAGGUUGGGGAGCAGCAGGCCAGCUGGGACCGACCGCCGAGGACCGGGAUGGGGGAGGUGGCCGUGGCGGCAGGACCCUGUCCACUCCGCGAGGACAGCUUCACGCGCUUCUCGUCGCAGAGCAACGUGUAUGGGCUGGCGGGAGGCGCCGACGGGCGAGGGGAAUUGCUGGCCGCCACUCUUAAAGGCAAGGUGCUAGGCUUCCGCUACCAAGACCUCCGACAGAAAAUCCGUCCCGUGGCCAAAGAGCUGCAAUUCAACUACAUCCCCGUGGAUGCUGAGAUUGUCUCCAUCGACACCUUCAACAAGUCACCCCCAAAGCGGGGCCUGGUUGUGGGCAUCACAUUUAUAAAGGACUCAGGAGACAAGGGCAGUCCCUUCCUUAACAUUUACUGUGACUAUGAGCCUGGCUCGGAGUACAACCUGGACUCCAUUGCAGAGAGCUGCCUGAAUUUGGAACUCCAGUUCACGCCUUUCCAGCUGUGCCACACAGAAGUCCAGGUUGGGGACCAGCUGGAGACCGUCUUUCUUCUGAGCGGGAAUGACCCAGCCAUUCAUCUGUACAAGGAGAACGAGGGGCUACAUCAGUUUGAGGAGCAGCCCGUGGAAAACCUCUUCCCAGAGCUCACAAACCUGACCAGUAGUGUCCUCUGGCUUGAUGUCCACAACCUCCCUGGCUCAUCCCGGCGGCUCUCAGCUCUGGGCUGUCAGAGUGGCUGUGUGCGUGUGGCUCACGUGGACCAGAGGAAUCGAGAGAUCUUGCAGACAUGGACAGUCCUGCAGGAUGGGCCCAUCUCCAGAGUGAUUGUAUUCAGCCUGUCGAGCCCCGAGGCAACCAAGGACAGCGCCCAGCAGGAAGGAUACAGUCUUCUUGUGGCCAGCAUGCUGGAGCCAGCGGUGGUGUACUGGGACCUUCUGAACAAGGGCCUGGAAGACCAGCUUCUCCUGCCCGGCAGUGACCAGUUUGACAGCGUCCUCUGUGGCCUAGUCACUGACGUGGACCUGGAUGGACAGCCAGAAGUUCUGGUGGCCACCUAUGGACAGGAGCUGCUCUGCUAUAAGUACCUCGGACCACCUGAGGCCAGCAGAGGCUUCUGCCUGCUGUGGCGCAGGACCUUCGCCAGCCCGCUGCUGGCCAUGGCCCAUGUGGACCUGACCGGAGAUGGGCUCCGGGAGCUGGCCGUGGUCUCGCUGAAAGGGGUGCACGUCCUCCAGCACAGCCUGAUCCAGGCCUCUGAGCUGGUCUUGACCCGGCUUCGUCGGCGAGUGGAGCAGAGGAAACAGCAGCAGGGCCUUGGGGACAGGGUGGGUCCCAGGCCUGAGGAGCCCCCGGCCUCCUGAGCACUCCCUCUUCCCACGUCGGUCAUCGACUGGGUGAGGGAAGCAUCUCAGAAGAGGCGUGCUUCCUUUGGACUCCCCCAGAAGGGGCAUGCUGGGAGUCCCUGCCUGCCCCCCUCCCCGUGCUGCUUGAUCCUGGCUGACCACUCCUGCCUGAGCCAUUUGCGAAGGGGUGUUCUCAGCAGCCGCCUGCUCUCCCAUCAGGUGCUGGGCCGUUGACAACUGUUCCUGCGCACAGAGCAACAAAGCUGUCCUAGUUCUCUUCA